AUGGUUUGUGCAGGCAGUGCCGGAUCCACAGCACUAGCUUUAGGUGCUGCAGCACGCGAAACCGGCGGCUGCGCAGUUUGUAUUUUACCAGGGCUCGAUGAGUUGCAUGCUUCAAGAAAAGCUCUAGGAUGUUAUGCUGAAUUUAUUGAGCUUGUUGUAGGGGAUGAUGCACGGUCUUUGUUGCUAAAUGAAUAUCAAGAUGCCGAUUUUGUGCUCGUUGAUUGCAAAAUGGAUGAGCACGAAUCAAUUUUACUAGCAGCACAAAAGUGUUUGCAUCAGAAGAAAGCAUGUCUUGUAGGUUACAACGCCAUUCAUUGUGAACCAUGGAUAGAUAGUUUCAAAGCUCAUCUGCUACCUAUUGGAGGUGGUUUAUUGGUGACUAGAUUACCAUCAUCUUCAUCAUCACCGGCUGAAAAGUUUCGUGGGGCUGGAAAGAAAGGCAAUUGGGUGGUGAAAGUUGACAAAAUCACUGGCGAGGAACACGUUUACAGAACCACCUUCCACCACUAUCAUGACCAAAUUGCGGCUUAG